AUGGGUGCAUACGUGUCAUCGGGUAUUUAUCAUGAAGACGAGAAAGGUGUACCGGACUCACUGUUUCUUGUGUUCAAUUAUUCGGAGCAAUCCGAAGAUGAAUACAGACAGCUGGAUACGGAGAAUGACCAAAAAGGAGAUACGGCUGUCGAGCAUAUCUUCAAGAAAACCAAAUUACACUCAUUNCCUAGAACUGUAUAUGGUCAACCGGCGAAAGAUAUGAAAGGUAUAAUGAUCGACUGGGCAAAAGACUACAAUAUAUCGUUAACGAAACGACCGUGUCCAUACGAUUUUCCGGCAUUUGAGGCCGACAAACCACCCGAUUAUGAUGAGAAGAGGAAAGAAGCAGAACCGUACGAAAAACAAACCAGUGAUGCUGCUGGUGCUAAAAAUGCUGCUGCUGAUGGUUCAAAGAAACGUUCACAACCUAAGAGAAAAGGUUCGCGGUCACGUUCACGAUCCAAGAGUAAAGGCAAAAAGGGCCCUAAAGGCAAGAAAUCCGCCGACGUUGAUAUGGAUGAAUGCAGUUUGGAGAAUUGA